AUGUCUGAAGCUGUUGCCGUUGCAAAUACAGAUUCUCCAAAGGAGGUAACUGCCGUUCCUGAAAAGAAAGUUGCUGUUAAAAAGGCAACAAAAGUAAAAAAACCUUCUGCAGCUCCAUCAACACAACAAAUGGUUGAUGCAUCUAUCAAGAACUUGAAGGAACGCAGCGGAUCUUCAUUGUUGGCAAUUAAAAAGUAUAUAAGUGCCACAUAUAAAUGUGAUGCCCAGAAAUUGGCUCCAUUUAUUAAAAAAUAUUUGAAAACUGCUGUAGCUAAUGGCAAAUUGAUACAAACAAAAGGAAAAGGUGCAUCUGGUUCAUUUAAAUUAUCAGCUGCUGCUGCUAAGUCUCCUAAAUCGUCUGUCGAGGGUAAGAAAAAGAAGGUGCCAUCAGGUGUUACGAAGAAGAAGGUUACUGCAUCAUCUGCAGACAUUAUGUGCAAUACUUCACAUCAUUCUUAA